UAUAACGAAUUUUUUUGAAAAACACUGCAUUUUCCUGAUGUAUUUUACACAUUUUUACCUCUCUAUAACGAAUUUCUCUAUAACGUAGUUUUCUCUGUAACGAAGCUUAUUUAACAACACAACUGGUGUUUUAUGUACCAAAUAAACCUCUCUAUAGCGAAUUUUUUUAGCAGUCGCAAAAUUCCAAUGAAUUUAUGCACACACAAAUAUUGCGGUAAAAUACGUUACAUUUUGUGUGCCUAUUUCAAGGAAAAAAAAAUAAAUGAAAGUGAGUAAGAAAAUCUUAGUUUGUAAUAAGUUUUGUGCUGCAAGGUUGUUUUCAAAUUAAGAUGUCUAAGCGCAAAAGUUUAUCUUUUGAAAAAAAGUGUCUUAUAAUUUCUGCAGUGUCACAAGGAAAUAAAAAAAAGAAGGAUAUUGCUGCAGAGUUUGGAAUUUCUCCAACUACUUUGUCAACAAUUUUGAUGAAUAAAGAUAAGAUUCAAGAAUCUAGUUCUUCUGGUAUACUUCAGAAAUUUAAGAAAGCUAGAUCCUGUGAAUAUCCUGAUGUUAAUGAAGCCAUGAUUAAGUGGAUCACCGUUGCAAGGCAUAAGAACAUUCCACUUUCCGGACCGUUAAUCAGAGAAAAAGCUGUGGAGUUUGCAGAAUCAUUGGGACAUUCCGAUUUUGUAGCUAGCGCUGGUUGGCUUGAUAAAUUUAAACGAAGACAUAACAUUGUUGGAAAAGUUGUUUGUGGUGAAAGCGGAUCCAUUGAUAUCCAAACUCGGGAUGAUUGGAUACAAAAUAUUUUACCUUCCCUUAUUCAAGAUUACGAUAAGAAUGACAUAUUUAACGCUGAUGAAACAGGAUUGUUUUUUAAAUGUUUGCCAUCCAGAACACUAGCCUUUCGAAAUGAAAAAUGUGUUGGUGGCAAAAAAAGCAAGGAAAGAAUAACUGUCAUGGUAGGUUCAAACUGGAGUGGAACAGAAAAACUUAGACUCCUUGUCAUAGGAAAAUCCAAAAAUCCUCGUUGUUUUAAAGGAUUACAAUAUCUAGAAGUGGAUUACGAGAAUAACUCAAAAUCUUGGAUGACUAGUGAAUUAUAUGAGAAGUGGCUUCUAAAGUUGGACAAAAAAUUUGCGGCUCAAAAAAGGAAGAUUUUACUUUUUAUUGACAAUUGUCCAGCACAUCCAAAAUCAGCACAAUCGAAGCUAACAAAUAUAAAAACUGUUUAUUUUCCUCCAAAUAUGACAUCAUCCCUACAACCAAUGGAUCAGGGAAUAAUACAGAACCUGAAACAUCACUAUAGAAAGCGAAUUCUAAAGAAAGUUCUGUGCUAUUCAGAGAAAGAAGCUCCUAUGUCAAUUAGCUUACUUGAUGCAAUCAGGGAUUUAAGUAAAGCCUGGAGCUCCGAUGUCAAAAAGGACACAAUUUCAAACUGCUUUAAAAAAGCUGGAUUUGAUGAAGGCAUUGAACUACCAGUGGAUAUUGAAGAUGAAAACCUUCCUUUGGCAGAUUUGUGGUCCGCGUACGUCGAAGAUAACAACAUUGAGGAUGUAACUAUCGAAGAUUACAUUAAUGUUAACAACGAAACAUUCACUAUGGAGUGCCCUUCCGAUGAAGAUAUUCUGCAAAGCAUUCUAUCAAAUCAGUAUGGGCUUAAUAGUAAGUACAACAUAUCCACUCAAGAAUCAUGAAGAAUACCCACUAAUAUAGUUUUUUAUUUAGAUUCAGAAAAUGAUGACUCUGACGCUGAUG